AAGAAGAUGUUUGCUAUAUUCUCCAAGUCAGAUGUUUUCAUCACUGCCUGCCAACAUGGUUUUCUCCUCACAAUCUGCAACAUGAUCCACAGCAGUGAAUUGAUGAAGUAUCUGCUUGUGAGUAUCAAGCACAUGCUCAAUGUUAUUGGAGAUGAUAAUUGCUUCAGCUAUGACAUUAAAUGUCAUUUUUGGCAGAUUCUGAUGAACACUUCACUAGGUCCUGAGGCUCAUCUUUGUUAUCUCCAGGAUGUAGUCCCAGCAUUCCACAGCCAUGCCCAAAAUUGGUACUGUUAG